CGGACGACCGAAUCGACUCCGUGGGACGGCGUUUUGGUUGAAUUGGAGUGUGUUUUUUUAUCCCGUGGCAUCCAGCAAAACGCCUCGUGCAAAAAUCGUAUGUGCGGCGAGGAUUUGCGCCAGCAGGCAAACCGUCUCAGCAGUGUGUUCUCGAACCAGUAGAACCAAGCGUUCAGAGCACCAGCUAACCUCGGGUUUGCAGGCCUGUGUAGUGCAAAGUGUAUACAUCCGAUGGUGGUCGCAGUGACCGGACAGAGUUUGGGUGCACAGUGCUUUCUCAACCAAAACGCAUUUCCAUCCCGUGUACAGUUAGUGAUAAAGUGAGCAACAAAUUAUCCAGUAAAUAAAAUGUUUUCAAAAAGCAAGUGUAGCUCCCGUUUGUCGCAACAAAGCCUCCUUUAGCGACCAGUGUGUGAGUGAAGCACUGCUCAAUAUAUCGAGCUCUUGCAAGAAUCGCCGAAGGAUCUUGAAAGAAAGUUGCAGCCCGAGGCAUAAGAAAGCCUCUGUGACGAAUUUGUUUGUUUGUUGUACAUAAGUGUGUAAAAGUGUGCACGUUAUCUCUGUGAAGCCGCCUACCGCCACACCAGCACAACAUAGCCAGCAUCCCCCAACAACCAGCAGCAGCAACAGCAGCAGCAGCAGCAGCAGCAAUUCUACUGCUGCCCGCGCGUACACGCAUACUAGCGGACUUCUUCGCGGCAGUGUGUGCAGUUGUUUUCAAACAAAACACCACGAUUUCUCACUGCGCGCAUCGCCCCCGGCGCCAAGGGUUAGCAGCGGAAGAAGCAGCGAGCAAUAACACCGCCAACGCUUGAAGGAAUUCCUACGAAAAACAAGGACACGUUGAUCAUCUUAAGCCUUACGCCGAAAAGGUAACCGGGAUACCACCACCUUCGUCGAAGGAAGACACACGUUCAUCGGUGUUGGAAAACAUAAUAUAUAGACCCCAACGUCUCGGUUCAAGCACCGCCGGUUCGUCGAUAUCCGGACACGACACGAGGGUGGCUGAGAGACGGAAAGAAGGAAAGAGCGAGAGUACGGGCUCACGUGCCAGGACAACAACACCUCCUAGCGACUGAAAAGAGCGCACAAACUCGUCGAACAACACACACACACACACUCACACACCUAGUGAAACGGGGCAACUGCCGGCAGAACAACGACCACCACGACAACGACGGACACGCUAGCACCGGAAACAGUUGCCGCCAGCAUGAAGCUGCUCGGGGGCCACGACGAUGGUGGCGGGCGAAACGCGGCCCCAAUCCGCACCCAGGACGAUGCCGCCGUCGGCUACGUGUUCCAGCGGCAUCCGAACGAGACCGAGUUCAACCAGUUCACACAGAAGCAGUCCCGGUGGGCAUCCGGGGAUGACACCAUUAUCGAUAACCAAGAUAAGUGGAAGUACCCAGCACUGACGAACACUACUCCGGGAGGGCUGCUUCCUCCGCCCGUCGUUCCCGGCGUCAAGCAGCAGCAAGUGCAGCAGCAACAGCAGCAACAGCAGCAGCAACAACACUCGCUGCAGCAGCCGCCGAUGCAGCACCCGCACCAGGCACACCAGCACCAGGUUCAGCAGCACCAGCAGCAGCAACACCAGCAGCUGGCGCAGCAACAUCAGCAGCAGCAGCAACAGCAGCAACAGCAGCAGCAACAACAGCAGCUGCCCAUGAUCAACCACCCGUCGCAGAUGGCCAACCAUAUGAACCACCAGAACCAUCUCGGGCAAACCAUGCUGAAUCACGCCACGAUGAACAGUGGCGGUCUGCCCGCGAUGCAGAUGCCGAUGCAGGGCGGCAUGUACGAUCAUCUGCAUCCGCCGAACGUGAACGUGAACGGGGUCGGCGUACCGAAGCCGCCCGGUCCGGAGCAGCAGCUCGUGUACCUGAGCGGUGGCCAGCAGUACGGGACCGUUCUGGCGCCCCAGAAUCAGUACAUUCCCCGUAACAACUCCGCGAUCAACACAUCGACAGCGAAGAAACUUUGGGAAAAGAUUGGUUCCGAUGACCCGAAAGUGUCCACGUGCGUUUCGGGCCCGCUACCGCCGCUGCAACUUCAUCAUGGCAGCAUCGAUCCGCAGGUGUGGCGCGAUUCGACCUGGUCCACGCAGGGCGAUGCCAUCCUGGCACCACGUCGCAUUUUCCAACACGCACCGGAAAACAAUCCAACAGGCUCGACCGGCAUUCUGAGCCCACGCGAUUCAACCGGUGGAUUGGGUGUUAAGAUGGUGGAGUACGUACUGGGCGGCUCGCCGACGAACAAGGAAAGCCCACUGGCCAGUCUGGAGCCGCGUUUCAAGGGGCUGAAGUUUGACGACGGGGAUAAGGCCUCCGAUGAUAAGGACAAGCGGAACUCACCGUUCGAGGCGAACGGGCUGAAGAAGGAGGAGGUUGUUGUACCCGGCACAAACGGCGUUGUGAUGGUGAACGGAAUCGACGAUGACAAGAGUUUCAAUCGCCUUUCGUUCCACAGCCGUACGCCCGGUUCGCGCCAGCCGUCUCCGGCCGAGGAGCAGCUGCCCCGUCAGAGCAUGUUCGAUCCGACCGGCGUGCACGGUUCCGCCGGUUGCCCGCUGCACACGAUGCUCGGCUCGGCUGCGCCCGGCGCUGGCAACGAUGUGGCACAGCAGGCGGCCGCUGCCGCCCUCGGUUCCUACCAUCCGCAGAUGAUGACCCAGAUGAACCAGAUGGGCCAGCAGAUGGGUCAGAUGGGACAGCUCGGUCAGAUGAAUCAAAUGACGCAACUGAACCAGCUCAGCCAGAUGCAGAGCCACGUGAUGAACGGUGUUGGCGGUAUCCCGCAAAUCACCCAGAACCCCAUGGUGAACCAGCAUGCCCAGGGUCCGAAUCAGAUUGAUUCUCCGGCGAACCUUAUGCAGCAGCCGCACAACUUCGAGCUACAGCAACUUUUCCGCUCGAAUCCCGGCCUGACCGCAGCUAACUCGGCCGUUCCGGGGGCCCCCAACGGGCAACCGCUGCCCCAGUCGGCCCUGUCGCUCUCGGCCGCCCAGCAGCAGCAGUUCCUGCAGCAUAAUGCCGCGUACGCCGCCCAGCAGGCCGCCCCGUACGUCAUCAACCCGGGCCAGGACCCGUCGCAGUACAUGGGAGCGCUCAUCGCGGCCGGCGUGCCACAGUACUAUGCGCCCGCCCCGUGGGGCGUUUACCCGGCCAAUCUGGCCAUCCCGCAGCAGCAGUCACAGCCCCGCCGGCCCCUCACCCCCUCGCAGCAGGGUGCGGAAAAUCAACCCUAUCAGGUGAUAUCGGCAUACUACGACCAGAGCGGCUCGCUGGUGAUGGGACCACGCACCGGAACGCCGAUGCGACUCGUCAGUCCGGCCCCGCCGGUCCUCGUACCACCGGGUGCCGCUGGGCCCCGCGCGCCCCAGGCUCCGCCACUCUAUCCCCCGCAGCCGCAGACCGCCCAGCAGAACGUCUACUCGGCCCAGAAUGGAUCCAACGUAGGAGGACUCGGUGCCUUGAACACGUCGUCCCUGACCACCCGCCGGGACUCGUUCGACCGCAACACAUCGGCCUUCAGUCCCUCGCUGGACUACACCUCGGCAGCCUCGACGAACGCAAUGGCGACGAAUGCGGCCGCCGUCGCCGCCGCAGCAGCCGCCCGCAAGUGGCCCGUCGGUGCCGGAAACUACAGCGGCCUCGGCACGGUGGCGGCCGCCUCGGCCAGCCCGCUCGGACCCUCGCUGACCCCGCCGCCCGUGUCGGGCCUGGGUGCGCUCGUGACAAGCCGGGCGCCGGGUGCCGAAACGAAGUACCGCCAGGUGAACCCGGGCCUGGUGCCGCCCGGCAUCUCGACCGCCAAUGCGGCCAUGUUCGGAUCGAACGCCGCCCAGGCGCUCCUAUCGCGGCUCUCCAGUGCGGUGACGCGCCCAACCGCCGCCCCCACGUCCGCUCCGGCCGUCCCGGGCGCGGUCGUUGCGCCCGGUGGGCUCGACCGACCGCCAGGACGCUCGCGGCUGCUGGAGGACUUCCGCAAUCAGCGCUUCCCGAACCUGCAGCUGCGCGAUCUGACCAACCACAUCGUCGAGUUCUCGCAGGAUCAGCACGGUUCGCGGUUCAUCCAGCAGAAGCUCGAGCGGGCGACCGGGGCCGAGAAGCAGCUGGUGUUCAGCGAGAUCCUCGGCAACGCGUACAACCUCAUGACGGACGUGUUCGGCAACUACGUGAUCCAGAAGUUCUUCGAGUUCGGCUCGCCCGAGCAGAAACAGUCGCUGGCUCAGCAGGUCAAGGGGCACGUGCUCCCGCUGGCACUGCAGAUGUACGGCUGCCGGGUGAUACAGAAGGCGCUCGAGAGCAUCCCGGCCGAGCAGCAGCAGGAGAUUGUGCGCGAGCUCGACGGGCACGUGCUGAAGUGCGUCAAGGACCAGAACGGCAACCACGUGGUGCAGAAGUGCAUCGAGUGCGUCGAUCCCGGCGCGCUGCAGUUCAUCAUCGACGCGUUCCGCAACCAGGUGUACUCGCUCAGCACGCACCCGUACGGGUGCCGCGUAAUCCAGCGGAUACUGGAGCACUGCACGCCGGAGCAGACGGCACCGAUUCUGGCCGAGCUGCACGCCAACACCGAGCAGCUGAUUCAGGACCAGUACGGCAACUACGUCAUCCAACACGUACUCGAACACGGAAAGCCGGAGGAUAAGUCCGCACUGAUUGCGAGCGUGCGCGGUAAGGUGCUGGUGUUGUCGCAGCACAAGUUUGCCUCGAAUGUGGUGGAAAAGUGCGUCACACACGCCACACGUGCCGAGCGGGCGCAGCUGAUCGAAGAAGUUUGCUCGUUCAAUGAUGCUGGAUUGCAUGUCAUGAUGAAGGAUCAGUACGCGAACUACGUGGUGCAGAAGAUGAUCGACGUGUCGGAGCCGACGCAGCGCAAGGUGCUGCUGCACAAGAUCCGACCGCACAUGAACUCGCUGAAGAAGUACACCUACGGUAAGCACAUCAUCGCGAAGCUGGACAAAUUUUCGCUUAAAACGCCCAACUCGAUUGCGGGCGGUGUCGGCGGUGGCAACUCGGCGGGCGCUCCCGGUACCGGAGCGAACGCCAAUGCCGUAGCCACCGUGGGCGGUGGAAACCCCGGCGGAAACGCCAACGGUGACAACAGUGCCGUCAACGGACCUUCGAACGGCGGUGGUAAUGUAAACGGAACCGGAACAUCCCCAGCAUCCGGCGCGAAUGGUGGUGCCGGUGGCAACGGCAACACUAAUGGUAACACCGUCAACUCCAACGGUGUCACCACGAACGGCACCGUCGGCAACGGCAGCAGUAGCAACCCCGGCAACAGUAACGGUACGGCCGGUUUGCGCCCCAUCGGCCCACCGACGAAUGGAGUGAUUUAAAUGGCCGGGUGUGUGUCGUUAUGAAAAGUCAUCAACACCCAGAACUAAUUUCACACCACCCUUGGCUGAAAGUGUGUUAUUAACGUAGAAUACCAACUCUACUUAACUUUUUCGAUGCAUAUUUACUACACGUACAUUAGAUUAUAUGUAUUUUCUAACGGCUUUCCCCAUAGAGGCACCGUCGUUUGCAUUCGAAGCAUAUGUUUAUGUUUUGCGCAUGGUGGGCGCGAACUGUAAAUUUAUUCUGUUCCUCGUUAAGAUAGGUUUGUCUUGUACAUUUUUUACCCCGAUGUUCGAUCUCAAUUUGAAGACGAUGUUUCAAGCCGACCAGAGCUAAGAAGAAAAUUGUUUCGAAACAGCAGUAUAAACGCUGUAUAAGAGUGUGUUUCACUAACGAAUUAUGCGUUUGAGGGCAACCCGACGAACGUUUGAUGCUAGGCAGUAGUAGGGCCUUGUAACGUGUGUAUAAAAUUAGGCGAAUGCUAACAAAAGCUCUCAAAGUUUGUCCCAAAAUCCUCAAAACUAGGACGAUUUCUAGAAACCGCGGUCGAAGAACGCUCAAAGUCGGGGUUUAUUUUUUGAUGAACAAAAUCUUUCCCUAAACUUUGAUCUGAAGAAUAUCUUCAGCGCACCGCAAGAAGAUUAAAGAAGUAGUAGCUGUGUACCGCUGGAAAACCACUGCAGCUCUUCGUGCAAAAGUGUUUGCGCAUUAUGAGCGGUCUUUUACGCGGCAUGAACAAAUCGCAGCAUCCGGUAUAAAAUAUAACGACGAACUAAAAGUUUUUUGCUAGCUCAUAAGUAAAUCAAAUAACUAUAAUUCUCUCCUGGAAAGAAAGUCGAAAAACAUUCACUAAGGGAAGCUAAUUAGGUAGCCACACAACGUGAACGCACGUGACCGAUGGAGCUUACUCGAUGUACGAUGUUUGUAACUCUAAAUGUGGGGACGCUAUCUUUUUCAUACACAUAUAUAUAUAACUAUACACACGCAUAUAUAAGUUUA